AUGGCUCUUGAAACAUGGUUGAUCAAGGUGAAGAAAACAAUAUCACAUAGUUUUGAUUCUGUACGUGCCACCCCACAUGUUACAAAUAAGCCCAUAAUCAAGAAAUCUAGUGUUGGAGUUUUGGCAUUUGAGAUUGCUAGUCUUAUGUCGAAGCUCCUACACUUGUGGCAAUCUCUCUCCGACAAGAAUAUGGCACGGAUUCGAAGCGAAUCAGUUUUGCUAGAAGGUGUUCGUAAAAUUGUCUCAAACGAUGAUGCGUUUUUACUCGGCGUGGCGUGUGCUGAAAUGGUGGGAAAUCUGAAGCUGCUUGCUGAUUCUGUAUCCAGGAUUAGCAAAAGGUGUGAGGAUUCAACUCUUGGGGAAUUUGAUCGCUUGUUCGAUGAAUUCGCUAACACAGGACGUGAUCCUCACAAUUGGCUCCUCAGCUUGAAGGAUAUGGAGGCCAAGAACAAGAAAAUGGAUCGAUAUGUUACUGCAACAGCCACUCUCCACAAAGAAAUGGACGAGCUUAUAGUGCUAGAGAAUGGAUUGAAGAAAUUAUUGCGCAGUCCUAAAGAUCAUGAUGCAGCAAUCAAAGAGCAGAAGAUCAUUGAUUUGCAACAGAAACUUCUAUGGCAAAGACAGGAAAUCAAGUAUCUAAAAGAAAAGUCUUUAUGGUGUAGAAGUUUUGACACCGUUACAUCAUUGCUUGCUAGAUCUGUUUUCACAAUUCUUGCAAGGAUCAAGCUCAUUUUCGGGUUGGGACACAGAUAUCCAACUUCACUUCCUCGUAGUCUCUCGGCCUCAGCCACGGUCUAUCCUUCAGAAAACCCAAAUUCAUGCACCUUUGUAUCUGGUCCAUUGAUGAAAGAACCCCCUCCACUCCAAGAAAAUAAAAGUUCAAAUCAUGGGUUUUUCCAGUUGAACGCCAUGAUUCUCAAACCACCUUCAACUACGUUAGGGGCUGCAGCACUUGCAUUAUACUAUUCAAAUCUUAUCGUUGUAAUGGAAAAGAUGAUAAGAUCACCACAACUCGUUGGAGUUGAUGCAAGAGAUGAUCUUUAUUCAAUGUUACCAAAUAGUAUUCGAUUCGCAUUAAGGGCUAGAUUGAAAGGUGUUGGAUUUUCAGCUAGUGAUCCAGCUCUCGCUGCAGAAUGGAGAGAAGCAUUGCACAAGAUACUGGGAUGGCUAUCACCGUUGGCACACAACAUGAUCAAAUGGCAAAGUGAAAGGAGCUUUGAACAUCAAAAUUUAGUGCCAAAAACAAAUGUCCUUUUGCUACAAACUCUAUAUUUUGCAAAUCAAGAAAAGACUGAAGCCGCCAUUACUGAGUUGCUGGUAGGGGUGGCUGUUGGAUGUGGAUGGCAAGCAUUUGUCGCCUAUGUAAAUGUUGGGUGUUACUACCUUGUGGGAGUUCCAAUUGGUUGUCUUCUGGGCUUCAAAUUUAACCUUGGAAUUAAGGGAAUAUGGUCGGGAAUGAUAGGAGGAACAAUGAUGCAAACCAUCAUUUUGCUCUGGACAACAUUUCGAGCCGAUUGGAAUAAAGAGGUUCCAGAAUUAUCUGUCUCUGAUACCAUGUGCAAAAUCAAGCUGUAA